AGGCGUGGAUACUGGGCGGGGCUAAGUUCGCGCGGGCCGCGAACUAAAUCGACUUGUCUCGGUGGUCUCAAUACUCUUUCUUCUGCUAUAUAUUAAAAUUUUUACUUAUGGAAGAUCUUUUCUCACUAGAAGCAGAAGAGGAGGAGACACUCCCUCGACUGGCCACGCCUACUACUGCUCCUCAAGCCACACCUACAAAACACCAAACCUUAGGAUCCACCAUGGAAGAGGAAAAGUACAAGAACGAGCGUCUGGUUAAAAUAGAGACCGAAGGUGACGUACCAUCUCUCUACCUUCUUGUUAACAUCAAUUCGGAACAUGUGUACAUGCAAGCAAGCGAUGCCCACCAGACCUGGGUAGGUGUGGUCACUUAUCGGCAGAUAAGAGAGACCGCUAAGAAAUCGAAAAGCUCCGAGAGAGAAUACAUUGACGAUACAUGUACUGCACUUACGGGCGGCGAGGGCUCCUUUGUCUACACUACAACCCUCUCACCUUCCGACAACAGUUUAGAGUUUGCAUGGAAGAAACACCUAGUCAAGGACAACAUAAAGGUGUUUCUAGGCUCAGUUGUCAUGGAGACUCACUCCGCCCCCGGGAUCCAUUCGAAGAUGCUGGAACAUGCUGUGGGGAUGGUUUCCAACUCGAGAGACAUCAUAGAAGAGUUGAAAGGAGAGAGGGAGAGGCUUACCGAUGAGAGGAGUGGAUUCAUUGAGAGACUGACAGAAACCGUUAACAUGAAGGAUCAAAUUGAAAAAGAUCUUUUUGGUAAAUUCAAGCUGGUACUCAACGAGAAGAAAGCUAAAAUAAGACGAUUAAUGGAGUCACUGGAUUAUUUCAAAAAUAAGAGAGAUAAACCUCAAGCAGAUCCACCCUCACUGUCAGCAGCAGCAGAUACCGACAAUGAAGAGGAGGAGGAGGAGGAGGGGGAAGAGGAGGAGGAGGAGUUAACUAGAGACACACCUCCACCGAAACCUAACCCAAUCAAGUUGGCUCCAACGACUUUACACAACGAUUGGUCAGAGCAGAGUACGUCUCCACCCACAAGAAAGAGAAAGAGAGAAAGAGGAACAAAGGACAAAGACAUAUCCCUGAUGCAGAAACCAACAACUGCUCGUAAGCGCUCAGCAUCUUCGUCAGACAGAGGCCAGAGUAGCGAGAGAGAAACAACUCCAAGCUCACAAGAACUUAUCAAUCUCAUGUGACAAAAAAACUAUACACUUCCCUUUGAACACACAGAAACACAAUUAAGAUAUUGAAUAAAUGACCUUUUUAUGAUAGAGAGAGAUUAUUGUAAUAAAAUUAAUUAUAAUUUGUAAUUUUAUUUCGAUGACAAUACUGCCUUCUUUGCUCCUGAAA